GCGCACAGACGCGCCAGCAGGUCCUGUCUGUGCGCUUUGGCGCGUCGUCGGUGCCGUCUUUGGCGAGGGGCUGCCGCGCAAUCAACGGCGCGCAAAGCUCGCGGGGGCAGCGGGCUCCGGGCCGGAGGGGGCUCCUCGACGGGGCGGGCAGGAGUCGAGAGGCUGCAGUGGAGCCUUCCCGAGCGGGGGAGCCCUCAGUGGCUGCGGUGCGCUAGAGCCCGGCUGGCCGCCGUCGAGGAGGAAGCGCGCAGAGGAUUCUCCGAAGGGGGUCUUGGGAUCAGAGUUUGGCUCUGUGAUCCAUGGGCCUAGAACCGUAACUAGCCAUGAAGGAUGUUUUUCUUUCCCAGUACAACACAAGACUCAUUCACAUCCUCUGGAUGAGCCUGAUCUCCAUGAAGAACUGUGGUGCGCAGGUUCUGGAGAAGACCUUUGAAGAAUGGCUGCGAUACAAGGAGGAGUGUUUGAAAAAGAUGGCCAGUGACCCCUACUCUUCAGGGCUCUUCUGCAACCGAACCUUUGACAUGUAUGCCUGCUGGCCGGACGGAAGCCCAGGCUCCAUCGUCAACGUCUCUUGCCCGUCCUAUCUGCCCUGGUUUGAGAAAGUUAAACAUGGGCUGGCAAGCCGCAGAUGCGGGCCUGACGGGCAGUGGGUGAUGCUGAACGGGACGGAGCCCUGGCGGGACCUUUCCCAGUGCGAGAUGGAAGCAGUCGCCGAAGAGGAAGGGGCCCACCGGCUAAUGGUCAGCUUCCAAGUCCUCUACACGGUGGGCUACUCCCUCUCGCUUCUGGCCCUGAUCCUGGCCCUGCUCAUCCUGACUCUCUUUAGGAAGCUCCGCUGCACCCGGAACUACAUCCACGCGAACCUCUUUGCCUCCUUUGGGCUCCGGGCCAUCUCGGUGAUCGUGAAGGACGUCUUGGUGGAGAAGCUCUGGGGGAGGCAGGUCUUCCAGGUGUCCGACUGGGAGGUCUUGCUGAGUAACAAGGCGGCGAUUGGUUGCCGUGUGGCUCAGGUCCUGAUGCAAUACUGCAUUCUGGCCAACCACUACUGGUUCCUGGUGGAAGCGGUCUACCUGUAUAAGCUUCUGAUUGGAGCGGUGUUUUCCGAGAAGAAUUACUACACCCUCUACCUCUACUUAGGCUGGGGCACCCCUGUGGCUUUCGUGGUGCCGUGGAUGGCGGCCAAGUAUCUGAAGGAGAAUGUGGAGUGCUGGGCAUUGAACGAGAACAUGAAUUACUGGUGGAUUAUUCGCAUCCCUAUUUUGCUGGCAUCUAUGAUCAACCUGCUGAUCUUCAUGCAGAUUCUCAAAGUGAUCCUGGCCAAGCUGCGAGCCAAUCAGAAGGGCUAUGCGGACUACAAACUGCGAUUAGCCAAGGCCACCCUCACCCUCAUCCCCCUGUUUGGGAUCCACGAGGUGGUUUUCAUCUUCGCCACCGACGAGCAGACGACGGGCGUCCUGCGCUACGUCAAAGUUUUCUUCACCCUCUUCCUCAACUCCUUCCAGGGAUUCCUGGUUGCUGUGCUAUACUGCUUUGCAAAUAAGGAGGUGAAAUCUGAAAUGAAGAAGAAAUGGCAGCUUUGGAAACUGGACCACCCAGCCCUCUGCUGUUCGCAGUGAAGGAAAGAAGGCCAUACGCGCUGGAAAGGGAGCACCCAGAAGCAGUCCAGGUGGUCCUUUGACACAGCCUUCAACUUUCUGUCCCUUUAAGGGACAGUAUCUGGCUUCGUGGGCAACCAAGGAUUGCGUUGGGAAGAUUCUCAGUGACUGUGGCUUGAUUCCCAGCUCUGCCAGAGGUGGCUGCUCAAACCAGGCACAUAAACCGGGAGAUGAGGGUUGAGAUAUGAGGAACUAUCCUCUUUGCUAAGCAGGGCCCACCUUGGUUUGCAUUUGGAUGGGAGACUAUGUGAGCACUGCAAGAUAUUCCGUAGUUUAGUGGUAGAUUAUCUGCCUCUCAUGCAGAAGGCCCCAGGUUCAGUCCCUGGCAGCAUCUCCAGGUAGAGCUGGGACAGACUCCUGCCUGAAACUUUGGAGAGCUGCUGCCAGUCAGUGCAGGAAACACUGAGCCAGUGGGCCCAAUAGUCUGACUCAGCAUAAGGCAGCUUCACACAUUCCUAUGAAGAGGACGUUCCCUGUACAUCCUUGACAUUUUCAGGACCGGCGGAGCAAGCGGUGCUCAUCCUUCGCAUCUAGGAUGGAAGCCACCAGCAACUCUAACCCACCACCUUCCGAAGUGUUUCCCGUCUCGGGAGAAAGCAAGGCCCCCAAGUGGAAUCGACAGAGGAGAGAAGAUGGCACACCAUUGUUGUCCACCUUACACAAUGUUGAUUCCUAAUCUGUGCUCUGGUGCAGCCCUGAUGCGACGCGAUACGGACCGAAUCGUGCCUUCAGCUACCCUGUUAGACACAGUCGCCACCACCUGCCCUGGAGGACUGAUCUCCUCGAGCCUACCACCAUGCCAAAUUAGCGACAUUCCUAAGAAGAAGUCUCUGCAAGUUUGGGGAGGAGGUCACAACUCAGUGGUAGAACAUCUGAAGGUCCCGGGUUCAAUCUGUGGCAGCGUCUCCAGGUAGCGCUGGGAAAGACUCCUGUCCGAAACCAUGGAGCUCUGCUGCUGCCAGUCAGUGCAGACAAUAUUGAGCUCAAUGGACCAGUGGACAGACUCGGUAGAUGGAAGCUCCCUAGGCUGCUAGUUCAUGGGGUAGAAGCUCAGCCGUAGAGCAUCUGCUUCGCAUGCAGAAGGUCCCAGGUUUCAUUCCUGACAGCGCUGGGAAAGAACCCUGCCCGAAGCCUUGGAGAGCUGCUACCAGUCUGUGUAGACCAUCCUGAGCUAGAUGGACCAGUGGUCUGACUCAGUAGACAGCAGCUCCCUAGGCUCCUGAUGCAUGGCAUUUUGCGAAGAGGUAUAAGCUCAGCAAUUCCAGGUUCAAUCCCUGGCAGCAUCUACAGGUAGGGCCCGUUGCUGCCACCAGCCACCCUCCCCGGCUGUGCUGGCCCCCAGCCAGAUUGCGAUGGCAUCGGGAUGCCAAUUUUUUUGUGUGAGUCGGCAUGGAAUUGCUAAGCUGGGUCCACCCUGGUUUGCAUUUGAAUGGGAGACUACAUGGGUGAACACUAUAAGAUAUUCCCCUUAGGUAGUCUUCCUUCUCUGGGAAGAGCAAUUGCCUGCUGGCAUGCAACAAGUCCCAGAUUCCCUCCCUGGCAGCAUCUCCAAGAUAGCUUGAGAAAGAUUCCUGCCUGCCGCCUUGGAGAAGCCGCUGCCAGUCUGUGUAGACAAUACUGAGCUAGAUGGACCAAUGGUCUGACUCAGUAGAAGGCAACUUCCUAAGCCACAUCAUGGCAAGAGCUUUCCCUACGGCUGGUCCAGAACUGAAGCAUGCUACAUCCAUGCAGAAGCCUUUAAGGAGCAGAUGCAUGCUCUGCUUUGAGAUGCACACCAGUUACCCCACUGCCUGGCUAACAUCUGAAAGAAAAGACUACAUGGAUCCAGCAACAUUUCUCCAGCGAUUCUAGAGUGGCAUGCAGAGAACCAUGCUGUCGCUGGCCUAAGGAUCAAGGGUGCAGUUCCCUCUCGUUAAAACAGAGGAAGGACAGUGCCGUUGAGACGCUGGGUCAAAAGAUUGAUUUAUUUGCAACAGUGCAUGUUGAAUUUGUCACCAAAUAUAAGAAUUGGGAAAGAAAAUGCUUCCCCCACCA